AUGCGGCGUAAGGACCUCCCCGCGUCCUGCUGCCUCACCAAGGCCCUGAUGUCGUUUCCCCCGAACGAGCAACCGAUCGAUAUGGCGCUCGAGAACGAGCCUCGCCGUGGUCCUACCCCCAUCAUCAAGGUCAACGGUCGUCCUCUCCAGCUCGUCCAGCCUGCCAUCCUCCGCUACAAGGUCUACGAGCCCCUCCUCGUCCUCGGCCUCGACAAGUUCGCGCAAGUUGACAUCCGUGUCCGCGUCACCGGUGGUGGUCACACUUCUCAGAUCUACGCCAUCCGACAGGCCAUCGCCAAGGCCUUGAUCGCCUACUACCAGAAGUACGUCGACGAGCACUCCAAGAACCUCCUCAAGCAGGCUCUCGUCCAGUUCGACCGAACCCUCCUCGUCGCCGACAACCGCCGCUGCGAGCCCAAGAAGUUCGGUGGUCCCGGUGCCCGUGCCAGGUACCAGAAGUCUUACCGUUAA